AAAGAGUGACGACGUUAAUUGAGACACUCAACCCCUCGAAUUUGAUUCCCCCCCAUUCCGCCUUGUUGGGUUAUUCCCAUGUCGUCGUCGUUGUCGUCGUCAUCAUCCCCGUCCAAAUCCGAGCGCCUCCUCCGGGACGUCCUGACGAACAGCGCGCCACCGUCGCCUUCCCGCCAGCAUCGCCGCCGACAUUCCACGCCCGUCCCCACGCGGAAAGGUGAGGACGAGUUGAGGGCGCCCCAUGAGCAGGUCCUGCGAGCGAGGCUGGAGAGAGUCCUGUGCGAGCAACGUCCUCCUCACCCCACCGCCUACGCCGCCCCGGAGCAGUACAUCGACACCGCUGCCAUCAUCACCACCACGACGAUCCAUGUCUGUGCGCUCCUCGCCACCGCCCUUUCGGAAACCGUCCUUCCCCCCAACACCGACAGAGGACCUCCCACCACCACCACCACAACUGCCCUCCACGCAAAAGUUCAAUGCCCGGACCGCCUCUCUCCAGUGUCGCCUCAUAGAUGGAUACGUCUCCUUUGCUGCAGUCGAGGGUCUCGGCGCGCCCCCGCCCGACCCGCCUGAGGAGAUGGACACCCGUGUCGAGGAAGGCGGGUGGCAGAGGGUCUGGAAAUGGGUCGGUGUCGGGAGUUGACUACUCUUUUCUUCGUUAUAUUAUAUUAUACCAUUCUCUGCGCUUUCUUUGUCCUGCUUUCAUACGUAUUUUAUAUUAUGGGGUUUCUUGGAUUAUGUGUUUUUAGCAUCUACUACCUACCUAGGGGGACGAAUGAAAUAUUGAAAGAAGUUUUUCCUUUUUUUUUUUUGGACUGCUAAA